AUGUUUAAUAAUCCUUAAGAAUAUGUAACAUAAAAAAAAGAUGCCUUUCGAUCAGAAAUUCGUAGAAUGGAUAGAGAAAGAAUAUUUAAUUAAAAAAGGAUUUUAAUUAGAUAACAGAAUGAAAUGAGAGAAAAAGACGAUUUAGAAUUAACCAACUUAAUACCAUAAAUUUAAUAGUCUUAAUUGAAUUAGAAUAUUUAAGAAUUAAAAUAACUUCAUCUGUUUGCAUUUAAUUGUGUCUCUAGCUAUAACUCUAACUAAAUUACAUAAAAUCAGGAAUUCUUAAUUACAAAUAAUUAUUUAUAACACAGCCUCCCUAGUUUAAUGAUUAAAGAAGUCUAAUGUGAUGUUAUUAGAACCCUAGCUAAUUCUUGCAAUCAUCCAUCAUUUUUAUAAUAAUAGCCUUAACAUUUAAUCCAAUCUUUAGAAAUUUCAUAUCAAUUACUUCUAUCAUUAACAGACAACUAGGAUAUAAGCGAUGUAUUACUUAUUAUAUAUUAUUAGAUUCUGAUAUACUUAGGGAAUAUUGCGAAUAAAUGGCCAGAAAUUUGUUAAUAUUUAGUGAAGUGUUUUGAUCGCUUAUUAGAACUGAGCACGUCAGCUGAUAGUAAUUUAUAUAGAAAUAUAUGUUUCUGUAUGCACAAUAUAUGCUAUAUUAUGGAUAAUCAUAAUCUAAGCAUCAAUGAUGUAAUUACUAUUAUUAUUUAAUUAGAGAAUUACGUGCUUAUAAAUUCUAGAAAAAGGAGUUAAUAGAACUGAUUGCGAUAUAUUAUAAAAUGAAAUAUUGCAUCCAUUAACUGUAUUAUAUGCACAAAAUGAAGAGAUUGAUAAGUACUUGAUAAGUUCAAAAAUAGUAUAAUAUGUUUUUUCAACUUUAAAAGGAGAAUUCGAAGAAACAACUUUGUAGGUUUUAAAGUAGUUUUCAUUAACAGACUCAAUAAAUUUUUCGAAUGUAAACUCUUAAUUAUAUAUUUAAAGUUUUUGAUAGAAUAAAACAUUUUAGAUGUGGCUUUGGAAUAUAGCAACAAUAGAAAGAAGUAAAUAAGAAAAUUGUCGUUUUUAAUUGUAAUCAACCUUGCUUAUAAUGAUCGUUAAAUCUCAAAUAAAAUUGUUUAACAUAAAAUCAUAAACAGAGUUAUCAAUGGGUUAAUUGCUUCAGUUCUGUAAGAAAAGUAAAAUUGCAUCCAAGUCAUUUAAAAUCUUUAAAAGACAGGAGAUAAUGCAGUUUUUCAGACACUCAUUGAAUUAGGAACAAUAGAGAUAAUAGGAAACUUUAUUGAUGAAGUUGAUACAGUAGUUUUAAAGAUCUUUGUGGACACUCUUUGUAGGUUCUUGAAUUACGCAAAAGAAGUUCAAUCUAAUAAAAUAAUUGAAGAUAUUAAGAAGAUCAAGCCAAAAUUAGAAUUAAUAUAUAAUGAGAACAAAGAUCCGAAAUUUUAAGAUCUAUUUCACUUGUUUUUGUAGCUUUUAUAAUGA